CUGUAGGCCUACAUAGAAAGGCCCGAUUUACAAAAUGUACGCUUGUGAUGUUAGGAGUGACUCCGCUGAAAAGGAAGACUUGACAGGGAAGGUGUCUGGGGUCAUAAGCAGUUGAUUUUAAACCACUGUGUGUUUGUUAAUUGGGUUGAUGCAGGCAAAAUACAGGGUUUUGUCCAUUAGGUGCCAAACUGAACACAGAGGACGGGAACAUGGAGAGACUACCUGGACUUGUCCACAGCAACCUUUGGUUUGCGCAUCCCGGAUUUUCGUUAAGUAUAUUACGCCUAGUCUGAGACAGGCUGUCCAAUAAGAAACACGUAUUGUUUUAAAAAGUUUCUUCUUGCGUUCCCUAAUGAACAUGGUCACACUCCAUUUUUCUCAGUCUCCCUCUUUCUCACCCUGUCUACAAUUUGUAUGCUUCCCUGUGUGCUUGAGGCUGAGGUGUUUAUAUCAUGAUUAUAACACUGACUAAAGUUGGCCUCACAUGAAAGUCACCCUGUCAUGGGAGCUGUCCAUUUAACAGUUACACUAUGUUGUCCUUUUUUGCCUUUUGGAGUGUGGUAGAUAACAAGAUACAGAAUUUGGGUAGAGAUACAUUUGUGAACCAAGCGUACCUUUAGUCUAGAAUAAAAAUAGGUCCAUUCUGCAUGGAUAGAAUCUAGUCUUUUUAUAAUAGGAGCACUGAUUAUCUUGUUUACUGAUGAAACAGUUCUCUGAUAUAUUUGCUAUUUUACCAUUUCCACUAUGUUUAGAAUACAUCCAGAUUAUUGGCCUAGGGGCGAUGACAUUUAACAACAAAUAUUUUACUUCGAAGCAGUACAUUCCCUAAACAAAAGCUUGUUUUGUUUGAAAUAUGUAGCCUAGGCUUCUUUCAUUUGUGGAGUAUGUAGUUUUAAGUGUAUAUGAUUGGAUGGAUAAAGGAGAUAAGAAUGUGGGCAGCAAAGUGGGGGUACAGGAGCUAGGGCCUUGCUAUUGCUGCUGGGGGGCAGAGGAUCGUUCAGCUCACAUGACUGGGUUGUGACUGAGUUGGGUCUUGUGUGGGUCUGUGGUGAUGAGUAAGAGGGGAGAGGCUACUCGGUACUCUCUUUGUGCUGAGACAUUCCCUGGGUCAUCCUCUCUUCCAGGAGGAAAGUCUCUGGGCCAGGAUUUGGAGACCCUAGCUAGCUACCUCUUCUGGACCUCAGACAUCGGGACCUGGAAUGAGAAGAGGAUUCCACACUAGUAUAUACAGGGUGGAUGUCGGAUGGAGAUUUGAACCCAUAGAUCUGUAACUUUUGUGUCUGGAAACUAGUUGAAAAUUACCUGUUCACUCUUGACUCUUUUAGACUGGUUUUUGUCUGAACGAGAUAUUUGUCUUGAAACUAAUUUUGUCAGUGUGGAGGCAACAGCUCUCAGCAGCUCUGUGAGUGCUUGACAAACUUUUUCUCUUUGUUCCUGUGGAUAUUGUUUUGGAAUCAAACUCGGAGGGUGUGACCAAGGUUCCAGGUCCAAGCCCUCAUUCUACACCACUGGGUCACCUAUCCUCAGCAGCCACAACAGGGAACUGGUAGACAGAAAGAGGUGGAUAUAGUGUGACCAACUACACCGGUGGAGAGGACAUUUUUUUUCCCUUCUUACCUGUCCUGUACCUGGAUAGGACUUGAAAAACGGUACCGUAUGCCCCCUCUUGUUUUGAAGAGUUUAACCAUAUCUGGACACUAGACCUUAUCUGGACCUCUAACUGCUCUCACACUAUCUUCUCCGACCGCUCUACUACCCUCUCUGUCUCUCUAUCAGAGAUGGGGGCUGCCUUCAAGAGGUUCUGUGCUCGGUUCUGUUGCUGCUGCUGCUGCUAUAGCGAUGAUGAAAGUGAGGAGGAGAAGGAGCCUUUAAUCAGUCCUGACACUUUGGAGUACUUUGACCGCGAGGCGAAGAAGCGAAGGGAACAGGAACAGAACCUAUGGAGUGAGCCAGGCGACCCGAGCCACUCGGAGAGAGACGAUGACCGGAUCCUGUACAACCUCAUCCAGAACAGGAACCAGACCCGCAGGGGCUCGCUGGCACACCGGCGUCUGAGUGUGGACAUUGAGGGUAUGAGAGAUCUGCGUCGGGAGGUCAGGGACAAGUGGAAGAUGAUCCUGGAGAAUUUAGGGUUCAUGGCGGAGGCGGAGUCUCUGCUGACGGUGUCUGCCAGUGCGUCGUAUGACCGUAUGAAGAACGCCUCGGCGUCACGCACACUACUGCACACGCUCCACUCUGAGACGUCUAUCUUCAACACCCGGGAGGCCCCACCUGAAAGAUACCUCUUCAUCCUGGAUCGUCUCAUAUACCUGGAUGCUGCUGAGGACUUCUUGGCGAAGGCUAGACGCUUCUAUCCCAAGCGUGAUACUGAUGAUGAAGAUGAGGACAACCCAUUAGCCGUCAACCUGCCGUUGCUACUGGCCAGAGUGAACCGCACCAUGAACGGAGAAGGGGGCGAUGAUGAGGACGAGAGGCUGGAUGAGGAAGAUGGGAGUGGAAGAGAGGACAACUUCUAGGCAGAACAGGAGCUGCAAUGACCUCAAACAGUCGACAGGGGGCAGUAGUUAGUUUAUUUUGCAGAGUUGGGAGUAUACAGUACUAGGAUGUCUGAUUCUGAAAAUACUCUCCCAAUUUGCACUAACACUAGGGGAUCUAUUCAAUCUGUGUUGCUGAAGUGUUACAAAUUGUGCAAUAGAAAUGUAAAGGUAAUUUUUGAUUGAACAGACACAUGCAGUGUUUACCGUGAAUGCAGUCUCUGCUAACACGGGAACUUUGCCUUUACAUUUCAAUCACUCUGUAACGCUGCACUUCCGCGAUUCAAAUUUAGUAGAGCCUGAGGUUUGAACAAAAAUAUACAGCUUUCCUUUCUCCUCAUCAGAACCGUGAUCCAAUAUGGUUCUGUUUUUCUUAUUUUUCUUAGCUGGGUCUCAGGUAUAUUAGGGAGAGUUUUGGAGGUUAUCACCCUGCCAUUUUUUUAAUCCAUCUGACAGUGUUAGUUACCCAACUCCUUGGGUCUGUUCAUUAUUGGUCUCCACCAGGGAACACAGUGGACACAGUAAACACAGCACUGAAACCCGUAGGGCACAGCUGUCCUGUUCCACAGCACUUUGUCUCAUGAUUAUCAGCACUUGUUUUAUCUAGUCACAAGACAGUGUUUUAAAACCAGUCAUUAAGAUUACCUUGUAAUAAAUGUGUAGUAAACAAAUAAAAUAUUUUUGAGUUGUCAAUUUCCUUACGGAUCAUGCUUAUCAAGAGGUACUAGUGUGUUUUUGUUCAUGAAGUUUACAGAGAUGAGUUUAGUAACAAGAUGACUCAACUUUGAAUGAGUGUGUGGGUCUGUGUGAACAGUGGAGGUUGCAGUAUGUGGGUAUCUAAUGGUCACUUUAAGUACAUGUCAAGAUUGUGAGAGUAUUUGGGAUGUUUGGUGAGUUGAAGGGGAUGCAGCAUGUGUCUUAUGUUCUAUUGUAAAGUUGAUAUGGGAAAUAAAG